UCUACAAAUGUGUAUUGGAAGUGCAGAUUCCAUUAAAAGCUCCUGUUUUUUAAAAAGAGACCUGCGGCCAGCGUCCGAGGUGAGACGCCUUCACACCUCCGGAGACGUCUGAAGUUAGCAGCAGUGCCAGCCGGCGUUGAUGGCCGCGUCGCCUUCACACUUUGCCGGGCCGCGUCAGUCACCUUUGAUCGGGGGGCCCCAUUUAAGUGCCGGGAUGGCCCGGUCCCCGGUAGGUAGGCAGGCUCAGUUCGCGGGGACAACACGGCGAGGGAACAUGUCUGCGGUCCACGGAAACACACCCGUCGGGGAUCUCAAUCACUUCCAAAUGUUCCACGAUGGGAGCUUCCAGAUGAGCAACAUGGUCAACCCAGAUUUUAGAGCCACAGACGUAACCAACUACCUGGCCUCUGCAGCUUCCAUGCCAAGGGUGGAUAAAUGCGUGGCCAUACUGACCCACAGGAGGAAGAGGACCAACUUCACUCAGCAGCAAAUUGAAGUGCUGGAGAAAGUUUACUCUGACACUAAAUAUCCUGACAUCUACUUGAGAGAGAGGCUGGAGGCUCUCACCGGACUACCCGAGUCUAGAAUUCAGGUGUGGUUCCAGAACAGGAGAGCCAAAUCCCGUCGCCAGGUAGGGUCCUCGGCGGCUGCCAAGGCCCCCAACCCGGCUGUAUCUUUCAGCCAGUUCCAAAACAUGAUGGCCGCAGAAAAAGUGUAUGAGAGCCACAGCGCAGAGGUUCACGGACAAGGUACAUCCGCUUUUGGACCGGAGGACAGUUACAGACCCCCGGUGCACUCACAUGUAGAAGACUCGCACAGGGCCGGUGUGUCAGGCAGACUGAGCGGCCAUUUGUCCUGCAUCUACGACAAAAAUGCCAGUCGGGUGAAGCUGGAACAGAUGCAGUGCCACGAACUGAGCGUCAACGUCCCCUCCAGCAACCUCCUCCUGUACUCCAAGUCCGAGCAACAGCAUAAAGUCCAAACGGGCAACCCUGCUCCCAAGGCUCUGGUGGAAUAUGACAACUUUCCACCCAACAAGACCAUCGGACCCGAGAUGAAAGUAGUGAUCCCGCCCAUCCCCACGCAGAAUACCUUCAGCAGGUCGUCGCCCAAAGACGCCGGGGGCCAAAUGCAGUACCCUCAAGUGACCGCCGCAGGGGACGCUUUUAGAAACUUCUCCCCGAUCCCUGGAGCGGAGACGCCGGAAUUUUCCGAUUCGGACUCUGAUUGGGAGAGUGAGGCCAUGGUUGGGUUUGGUGGUUUUAUGUAGUGUUCGGAGGAGAUGAUAUACGGUUUUA